CCCUCCUCCUCGCACAAUAAAACCUCUCGUGUUCCUUCCUCCUGUCCAAAGUUUUUCGAAACCCAAAAAACGUAUCGUCUUCCAAAAAAAUUGUCAAAAUGUUAUACCCGAUUUAUAAUUUUGCACACUUUUUCGGUCUCAAAAUGCUGUAACAAUUCCUCAUUUUUGAAAACGCCAACAAGAAACAUGCAUUAACACAUAUUUUGCAAAUCUUUUACCCGAUUUCUAAUCUUGUACACUUUUUCCAUCUAAAAAUGCUGUAACAAAUUCCUAAUUUAAAAAAACGCCAACAAAAAACAUAUAUCAACACACAUUUUUUGCACUUAAAUGAUUACACAAACAUGAAUUUUGGAACGGCUUCCGUUUCCCCAUCCGGCGAUUUUAGAUUGUUCAUUCCACAAGCCCAAAAUAGGCGAAGAAAAUCCGACCAACGUGAACCUACCAGCAUUUUUCUCGAACCAAAUCCUCCCCCAAAGUUGAAGUUGCCUUCGAAAAAGAAUAUUGGGCGGAAUGGGAAUCAAAGUGACCUUGUCGUGGAAUUGGUGCAGAGCCAAAGUCAAUUAAAUCAUAAUAAUAGCAACAAUCCCCACAAGAACAAAAGACCACAUUCCUCCACUCCGUAUCAGCAUUCUCGCUCGUUCGGCAGCGUGGAGGAAGAUGUGCAUCGGACAAGUAACCAAUCCGUCGUCGGAGGGUAUUCUGGUGGUACUAAAAUGUCAAUAAACCAGCCCAGAUUGCCCGACAUUACGAUGAUUAACAAAUACUAUGGGUUAGUCCCGAAAAAAUUUACAGUUCAUUCCAGACAAGGAUACGGGAGUGAAGAUUACAGAAAACUCCGAGCCAAAACAGCAUUUCGCUCCUCGAAAUCCAUCCCCACAAAGAACUCUUCUCUCGACGAUGGACACUCCGGUUCUGGUGGUUCCGACACAGAGUCCAACGAACCCACGUGGGGUAAAAAUGGUCACAGAAAACGGAAGGAUGCCGGAAACAGCUUAAUAAACUCCAACCUUCGUGACAUCAACUCUUCCGAAAACUCAAAUCAGAGCCUCCAAACGCGCAAAAUAUCUGUCGAGCGACAAAACAAACUGUUGAAACAUAGAGGACGAAGCUCCUCUCUGCCUUUGACGCCGUCCUCAAAAGGCGAAAAUUUCGCCAAAAAUGCCAAUUCCAGCCCAACCAGAGAAAACCAACGCGUCAUUAAAAUCGACCUGAGCAACAUGAGCUGGGAGGAAACGUACUGCCCGAGCAGUUGUUCCCCAGUGGAUGGCACAGAUUGUCCCUCCCCCGAUUUGCAUACAGACAACAGGCUCAUAGAAAAUAAUAAUUAUGAUAACAACGGUAACACGACAAAGAAAACAAUAGCUUAUCAAGAGUUAAAUUUAGCAAAAGCUGACACGAAAAGCGCACAAUUUACUGACUCGUUAUUAUUGUUGGAGGCUGAAAAAACGGCUCAAGUGGUCCAAGUGAGAGCCGCCGGAAGUUGUGAGAUUGAGCGUGAUAACGAUUAUGGUCCUCCUCUCAAUCGACCUGUCACCUCGAUAAACAAUCAAGCACAACACCUUUUUGGUCAAUCUUAUCCAGAAAAAAUGAAAACUGACAGCAGUCACAAGGCUGACUUGGAAAAAGACACAGUGCAAAAUUCAACCUGCGAGGAGAGCGUGUUCGAAAUGGUGAAUUCUGGAAUUUCAAAUAAUUCAACCGCAAGGAGAGAAAGGUUACGGAAAAAUAUUAGUUUUGACGAGCAGAUUUUACUUGCUUCGCAUGAACUCGGCAGUGGUGCUGAAACCAAUCCCCCCAAAUCACGCCGACCCACCACCGCCUCCCCAUCUUCACAACGUCCCAUUCCCCCCACCACCACCAAAACCCCCCUGUCUCAACAACACCUACCCUCCAAAAUUCUACCCUGGACGCAAAAAUCAGGCAAAACCCUAACUCUGUCCGAACGUCGGGCCAAAUUCCAAAAAUCCAUGUCCAUCCAUUCCACCGAAUCUGCCUCCGCCUCCUCUUUCGACCUUAUCGAAGAGUCCUCUGACACAGAAACGUUAUCCUCCUCAUACCGAACCCCCCCACAAAUCGUGCUUCCUCCACCUCCUCAUUCGACGACGAGGAAGUCACUCUUCUUCCAACCACCCCCCGAGGUGUCGACCAUGGUGGGCCAAAUCAGCCCCAUCGAGACUCUCGAGAUUCAGGUGGAAAUCGAGAAAGUUGCCCAGAUCCUCAACAACAUGCAGAAUCAGAAUAAAAGUUUUAUCGAUUUAACCCCCGAUGGCUGCUGUGUGGACAUUAGUCGUGUUCAGAAAACGGAAACCAACUUGCCUCAAAUGACAAAUAGUCUUGCGAAAAACUUUGAGACAAUUUCGCCAACUAAACCAAAAUCCCCAGAAGAAAUCAAUGAUGCCUCUUUCUCCGAUUUGAAUGGCAAUAACUGUUUGCACAAAUCAGCAAAUUAUUUGGCAAAUCAAACAUUGCUAAAAAAGGAAAGUGGCGAUAAUAAUAAUGCAGAUUUUAAAGCUAAAAGAGUCCAGGAACCAUUAACUUUCACCGAAAAAGUUGGAAACUUUACCGGAAAUGGCGUCACUCCUACGACAAAAUGUACGAAAAAUUCGCCCACUAUCACCACCCCAAAGAACCAGUCAUGUCCUUGCAUCACCUGUAAUAACGCGACCCCUGCUGCGGGGUCCUUUGUGACAAAUGUAAUUCCCACAAAGGUUGUGCAAAUUCCUUUCAGACCACCGCUGAAGAAAGCAGUUUCCAUUUCAUGCGAAAAAGACCUCUUCCCAACAUCUGCCAGUGCAAAUAAUGAGGUUAAUGGAAUUUCCAACAAAAGUUCCCGACCCAGAACGGCAGUGACUUCAAAGACUUUGACCAGAACCUCAUCAACGCCUUUGAUUCUUGUUCAAAACAAGACAAACCAUCCGUCCAAGAACAGUGGCCAAAAUGUAAUUCAAAUCCAGUCAAGACAGAAUAAAGGGAAUAAGGAUAAUAAUAAAAGUCAAUGUCAACCCACAAAUCAAAAUCCGGGGUCAAAUUAUACUACGCGAAAACUCCUUUUGAAGAAAGCCUUGAUGGAAAUUAAUCAGUCGGUGGCUCAACUCGGGAAUAAAAAAUGGAUUUCUUCCAUGGGACGACCAAAAACUGCGCCUUCGAUUGAUCAUGGUGGUAAUAAAGGGGGAGGAGGUGGAGGGGACGCCACAAAGAAAUCCAAUGUUUCUCUGGAUCAGAGGAGACAACCGUUGAAAACAUCCCCGGCAACAUUGACGGGAGCAGGGAACAAACCCGGACAGCUCGUGGGAACCAAAGCCAUUCCCAGCACAACCAUGGGCCGGAAAACAACGGACCAUGCCAUCAAACAAACUUCCACCUCCUCCUCCAGCGUGGGACCCGGACAUAAAAGUGAGAAUGGAGUUGGUGAAAGCAGUGAAAGCGAGAAAAUUGGUCCAGCCAAACGCACCCUUCACCGACAAAGUUUCUCCCUCGACGAGGGAAUGCUCCUCGGCUUCUCGAACAAGGAGUUUGGCUGGAGUUCAAACUCUUUCGACAAGUUGGUCGAUGAAUCCAGGAUGGACGACGCGUUCCAAUCUUCAAAAAAGAGGGAGGAGUGUUUGAAAAUUUAUCAUAAAAUGGCAAAGACCGGCGUCACUGUCAAGCUGGAUACUAUUUUUCGCGGAAUAAUGACGCCCUCCGAAUACCGCGCGUUUAUCAAGGCUGCCGAAAAUGCGGCGAGAGAACUAGCUGAAACGGAAGCAGAAGAAGUAAUAAAUCCACAAAAUGGAAACGUCGAUGUUGACGCUGGCGUCGCAUCUUCCGUCAAACAGAACAAGACAGCAGAAUCUGAAGCCAAUAAAUAAUUACGUACAAUGAGAGAAUAGAAUUAAAAUAAGAAUCUGCUAAAAAUAUAUCAUGUCAUUUACUUAAAGUAAUCAGAUCCAACUGUAUUUGUAUGAUGUUAGAAUUUGCUGGUUCAAAUCUCAUAAUUUGUAAUAUUCUCUAUUAGGAAAAAACAGGCUGUGUAGUUCAAUUGUCAAUUGUGACGGCAAGAAUAAACUAUUUAAUUAUUUUAAC